AAGAAUACUGAUUCUAGAGUGCUGGAAUGAGUUGCUUAGAGUGAUUCACUGGAUUCACUAGAGCGCUGAGAGUGCCUAGAGUGGCGGUGCUCUAACUACAAUAAAAAUGUAGCAAAGACAAACUCGUUUGCCAAUAUUCAUUUGACUGUUUUACCUCAUCUGCAGCAUCUCUAACCAUUAGCUGGGGAGAGUGAGAUGGGUGAUGCAAUUGAUAACUGAUAAAACGGUAAAUAUUUGGCCUGAAGGCGAAAUUGGGCAUUCCAGUGGAGAGAGUGAGUGAGAUUAAAAGGAUUUCAUGUGGUAGACAGACAUCGGCCGGAUCAUGUGGAAUUUAAUUAAAAUUCUGUUCAUCAUCUCGGCCGUUUGGCAACGUGGAAUUAUUGGCGUUGAGGCCACCAAAUACACCCCAAAUGCUUUUCACAUUUCAAUCCAGCUCAAUGACACAUUUCGCCUCGGUGAGAUCAACUUUUACCGGGAAUACGAAAUUCCCGGCAGUUCUGUGACCACAAUUGAAGUGAGAGGCACCGAUGAGCUCUGGGAUGUGGGAUUUGGCAUUUUCCAGACCCACUCAUUCCUCUAUAAUAUCACACUGUCCGCCAAGAAGUCUCUCAGAAGCCCAUCUGUAAAUGCUAUAAAUGGCACCAAUCUGGGCUUCAAUGUUCACCACAAUUCUACGUACUUCCUCCACACCAAUGGUGGAAGAAGGAAUGUGUCCGUUGCGGUGGCGUUCGUGGUGUUUAAGAAGACCGGAGCCAUUCCCGGCAGCUGCAACAUGGUUCACCCCGUUGAGGAGACACCUUUCCUCAGAGUCAACAUCCUGGAAGACACUGUUAUGGUGGAAACCCCACCGGCGGGCUCAGGAGUUCCGCGUUUGGACAACAUGACCUGCGGCACGGAGAAUUUCCUGUACGAGUUCCGGUACAUGUAUCUGGCCAGGCAGGACUUCUCCCAGCGGUCCUAUUUUGACUCCUUGCGCGCUCUUAUGGUGCCUCGGACGAUCGUAGAGCUUGGAAAUCUCGUGACUAAAGUGCCCGAGUACAACCUUCACCAGCUAUAUGCCCGAUACACUUCCAUGGGGAUGUUCUUCACGACCCUCGUGAUGGACGGUCUGGGGGAGAAUAUCACAACAGCUUAUGUGCCUGCCCAUUCGUAUGGAUGCUCUGAACAGCUGACUAUUCACGACUGCCACAUUGUCGAGAGCACAUCUUACAUGAUCCUUCUGGUGCUGAUCAUGGUGCUGGGAGCGUGUCAAGUGAUCUUGGGACGUCAGCUGGUGUACUUGCGGGUCAUUGUCAACAGUUUCAUGAUCGGCGGCUAUCUGGCCUUUGUGAUCUUCUGCACCGUGGACGACUGGGAUCUUAAGGUAAUCAUCAUGAUCGUGGGAGUAAUUGUCUUCUCCGUGGUUUGGACCACCGUCUGGCUCCAGUGUCACUCGGUAUCCAAUGUGGCUGACAUUUUGGGCAGUUUCCUCAACGGCUACACUGUGGCCUGUCUCGUGCUGUACAUGUUCGGCGACAUGAAGAUUCUCGAGUCGGAAUCCUACUACUGGAUGGUCUUCUGUCUCGUCAUUCCGAGCGUCUCCGUCCUGUCCUUCCCCCUGAGCCGCAGGGGCGCUAUCGUCAAUACAGCUCUGCUGGGAUCAACUUUCAUGGCUCUGACGCUCCUCUUCAUGUUUGAUGGAAAUCUCCACUAUGCCAUCAUCAACAAUUGGCGCCGCCUCAAGGACAAGUCCUUCAGCCAAGCCAUCCUCAAUCCCCAUCUCGACAUUGUGGAUUGCUUCUGCAUCGCCGUGUGGCUGAUGGCUUUUGCCUCCAGUAUCUUCAUCCAGACGCGGCUCAUUGACAGCGGAUGCGCUUGCUGGGGCCCACACAAUGUCCGGGUGUUGCGCUUCAGGGACCAGGAGGCUCGACCCCUCAUUGCUCGGCUCACGAAGAGAGAUUUAGGAUCCGAUGAUGUCUUCCUCUCGCCACGGUCCAACAGUCGCUUUAUGCGUCGUUUCAAGAGGCACUCAUUCUUCGUGUAAUUCGUCCAA